AUGGCCGGCGUGCUGAGAAACUAUGUGGGCUUUGAGAGGAUAAGAAUUACUGUACGACUGCGACCGUACGAGUUUGGUGGUGGUGGACGGGUUCCCCCGUUCGAUUGGGAGAUCGUGGAAGAAAGGCGGGAGGAUUACAUCAAGGAGAUGGACAAGAGACUGGGGCCAUGGCUUGGUCCGGCGGACUGUAUGAAUCUGGGUGAUGGGACAACAACUGAAGGUCAGGGGGACGUUGUUGACUCGAUGGUUGGACCACCUGAUGAACCAAGAGACUAUCCUCGACUUUCCGCCUGGAAUGGAUCCUACGAAUCCGGACAAUAG